GCACGAGGACACUCAGGGCUUUAAAAAAGUUAAAUGGCGGUGGUGCCGAUUCACUCUGGAUUCUGUUUUCUAGACUCAGUUUUUAAGAUAAAAACAUGUUUUACGACAGACAGAGGACAGACAGAGGACAGAGGACAGGGGAAUGAUGAGGACACUUUUCGGAAGCUAGCUACAUGUAGCUGUUAGCCGCGGCGCUAGCGACAGCUAGCCUUUAGCUGUCAGCAGCUAACUAGCAGCUCAUCAGCGUUUGCUGUUUGUGUCGCAGUUUACGGAACAGCGGGGAUUGACGUUUAAAAGGACACAACGAGGGAAUGAUUGUUUGAAAGAAGAAGCUUCUCCUUCAGCUCAACUCACAACGUAAAGAUCCAUGAAGUGACAGAUUUUUAUCAAUAAUGAGUGGCACACGUCCUGCUCAGGAAAGUCCUUUCCCUCCUUUAACCCUGCGACAGGAGACAAAAUCUGUGACGUGGAAGAAGCAGACAAAGAGGACGUGGACAAGGCCGUGGAGGCGGCCAAGGCGGCCGUGCAGAGAAGUUCUCCGUGGAGGAGAAUGGACGCGUCCAGUCGUGGGAAGCUGCUGCACAAACUGGCUGACCUGAUCGAGAGAGACCGACUCCUGCUCGCGACUCUGGAGACUCUGGACACGGGGAAGCCCUUCCUGCAGUCCUUCUUCAUUGACCUGGACGGAAGCAUCAAAACCCUCCGUUACUACGCUGGCUGGAGCGACAAGAUCCACGGCAAGAGUCUGCCUGUAGAUGAAAGCUUCAUGUGUUUAACCAAACACGAGCCUGUCGGUGUGUGUGGAGCCAUCAUUCCUUGGAAUUUUCCUCUGCUGAUGUUCAUGUGGAAGAUCGCCCCGGCUCUGUGCUGUGGAAACACUGUGGUCAUCAAACCUGCCGAGCAGACGCCGCUCACCGCACUGUACACCGCGUCACUCAUCAAAGAGGCAGGUUUUCCUCCCGGAGUGGUGAACGUUGUUCCGGGUUUUGGUCCGACAGCAGGAGCAGCCAUCGCUGAACACAUGGACGUCGCCAAAGUGGCUUUUACUGGUUCUACUGAGGUGGGUCAGCUGAUCAAAGAAGCAGCAGCCAAAAGUAAUCUGAAGAGAGUGACUCUGGAGCUGGGAGGAAAGAACCCCUGCAUCGUGUUUGCUGACUCUGACUUGCAGAUGGCGGUGGAGGAGACCCAGAAAGGAGCGUUCUAUAACCAGGGUCAGUGCUGCACAGCUGCGUCUCGAGUGUUUGUGGAGGAAAGUAUUUACGAGGACUUUGUGCGUCGCAGCGUUGAAAACGCCAAGAAGAUCGUGAUUGGAGACCCGCUCGACCCGCAGACGUCACAUGGUCCACAGAUCGACCGACAGCAGUUUGAGAAGAUCAUGGAUCUGAUCGAGAGUGGGAAGAAGGAAGGAGCCAGGCUGGAGUUUGGAGGAGUUUCUGUGGAAGAGAAGAAACUCUUCAUCCAACCAACCAUCUUCUCUGCUGUCAAAGACCACAUGACCAUCGCUACACAGGAGAUCUUUGGUCCAGUGCAGUGUAUCUUCAGCUUUAAGAGCCAGCAGGAGGCGAUCGAGAGAGCCAACAGCUCGCAGUACGGGCUGGUGUCGGCGGUGUUCACCAGCAGCAUGGACAGAGCUCUGUCCGUGUCCUCAGCUCUGGACAGUGGCACCGUGUGGAUAAACUGUUACAACGCACUUCACGCCCAGUCACCGUUUGGAGGCUUUAAGAUGUCGGGAAACGGACGAGAACUUGGAGAAUAUGCUCUGGCUGAAUAUUCAGAGGUGAAAGCAGUGACCAUCAAACUCAGAGGAACCAUGUGAGAAGAACCUGAGACCACACACACACACACACACACACACGUCAUCGCUGUCGCCAUGGUGACAAAAGACUCCUGGUCAGUUUAAGUCUGUCAUCUCUACGUCACAUGAUCACGUCUUUGUCUCACUGUUACACAGACGCCUGUAAACCUGUGUGUGUGUGUGUGCAUCAACAUGUUUACUAACAGUCAGGAUCGUCCACGACUGACUGACAUUAAAAUCACAUUCAUUGUGUGACUGCAGUUUUCAUGUCUUCCAGUGGUGGCGCUGUGGAGCUGCUCGUGUGUAAACUAAAUGAACUUCAUCUCCACAUGAAUCACUAUCUUGUUUAAUUGAUGAGUUGUUGUUUUUGAGUUUGACAUUUGUUACUUUGUUUUUUAAUAAAUGUCAAACAAACAUUGAAAGUGA